CUCUUACGCUUGUGGUACACUCCAAAGCAUCACAUGAUUGACCGACUCAAAAAGAAAACCUCACAGAAGCAGACAAGUUUGGCUAAGUUCCUUUUUUCAGUUCAUUGUAGUUACAACUGUAAAACUGUAACAGCAGCUAUGAUGUGUGGAGGUCUUUCCGAUGUAACUGAGGCCGAUGCCGAAGCCGAAGUUCAGAAGAUCUGUGACAUCAUGAAGCCCCAUGCAGAGCAGAAAGCAGGGAAGACCUAUGAUGUUUUCACAGCCAAGAGAUACAGGACACAGGUUGUGGCCGGGAAAAACUACUUCAUUAAGGUCCAUGUGGGAGGAGAUGAACAUGUUCACCUCCGUGUUUACAAAAGACUCCCAUGUCAUGGAGAAGAGUUUGAGCUGUCUGGUAUCCAGCAAAACAAGAGUCUCCAAGACCCCAUUGAGUACUUUUAAUGGGAUCAUAAACCAAGCAUAGCAUAAAGGCUGCACUCUCAAUUUAAUCUGGUAAUAAUACUCUGUCUUAUCUCUUUAUAUUAAACAAUGUUACCAGUUACUAACAUGUAAUAACAUACUGUAUACGUAAUGUAGAUCAUGAUGACAGGAAUAUGUCAAAAUUGAACUAUUUUUGAAUGAAUAAAUGAUAAUUGAAUCAAUCAGA